AAUGUAACAACUUUUAUUUAAAUUGUAUGACGUUCGCGUUGGUCAAGGUAGCUACUGACAUACACAUUAUAUAACGUGUGUUCGCGUUCGGUUUGGUAGCUACUAUCAUAUUCAAUUGAUAAUAUACAUUUGCAUUGAUAUAGGUAAUUACUUUUAUAUACAUUAAGCAUUCGUGAUGACAAACGUACACACAUUAUUUCUUUAUAUCUGCUUAUUCCUAACAAAAGUUUGUUUGCUGUGAUGUAUUUUUCAGUACCGUGUGAUGGUAAAUGUAAAACGAACGCCUACUGCAGGUCUUCAGACAACAAGUGUUAUUGUAAAUCUGGCUUCACAGGAAACCCGUACGUGGGCUGUAGAGUUCCCUGCUGGGGUAAAUGUAAGGCGAACUCCUACUGUAGGACCUCGGACAACAAGUGUUACUGUAAAUCUGGCUACUCAGGGAACCCGUAUGUCGGAUGUAAAGUUCCCUGCUGGGGUAAAUGUAAGGCGAACUCCUACUGUAGGACCUCGGACAACAAGUGUUACUGUAAAUCUGGCUACUCAGGGAACCCGUAUGUAGGAUGUAAAAUUCCCUGCUGGGGUAAAUGUAAGGCGAACUCCUACUGUAGGACCUCGGACAACAAGUGUUACUGUAAAUCUGGCUACUCAGGGAACCCGUAUGUCGGAUGUAAAAUUCCCUGCUGGGGUAAAUGUAAGGCGAACUCCUACUGUAGGACCUCUGACAACAAGUGUUACUGUAAAUCUGGCUACUCAGGGAACCCGUAUGUCGGAUGUGUACGGAGAGUUCCUUGCUGGGGUAAAUGUAAGGCGAACUCCUACUGUAGGACCUCUGACAACAAGUGUUACUGUAAAUCUGGCUACUCAGGGAACCCGUAUGUAGGAUGUGUACGGAGAGUUCCCUGCUGGGGUAAAUGUAGGGCAAACUCCUACUGUAGGACCUCGGACAACAAGUGUUACUGUAAAUCUGGCUACACAGGGAACCCGUAUGUAGGAUGUACAUGUGUACGGAGAGUUCCCUGCUUGGGGAAGUGUAGGGCGAAUUCCUACUGUAAGACCUCGGUCAACAGGUGUUAUUGUAAACCAGGCUACAUAGGUAACCCGUAUGUAGGGUGCAGAGCACGUUGUUGAAGAGCAUUCCAUAGUCGGGACAGCGAUUUUUCGUCAAUCCGUAUGUUUGGUGUCCAUAAUCGAGAAAUUAAAUUGUACAACUGUAACAAUUGUUUAACAUUAUUAAAUAUUGUACAUAUCUA